GCUGCGGCUCCCGCAGCCCUCCCUGUAGUGUCCCCGCCGCUCCUCCCGAUGCCUUCCGAGGAGACGGAUGGACGGACGGACGGGCAGCGAGAGCCCGAUCGCGGCCCCCGCGCUCCCCAUCCCGGGAUGGGACGGACGGAACAAGGCCCGGACAGACCGACAGCCAGAGGGACAGCCGGAGGGACGGACGGACGGAGGACUGCGGGCGGGGGCAGCGCGGUGGGCAGAGCGCGGUGACGCCGCCGCUGCCGCCACCACGGAGAGGACGCAGGACCCUCCCUUGGGCCCCCCGUGCCCUUUCGACGGGGCGGCCUGGGCCCCCCGACCCCCGCCGGGCCCCCAGCAGGGCUGCUUCGCAUGCAUCGCCAAGCCCCCGGCCCUCCGGCACUCCUCGCCCGUCCUCUCGCCCUCCUCUGCCGCUCAGCUGAUGGAGAGCAAGGGCUGCAAAGGGGACAGCCUGCGGCCGGCGGGCCCGUGCAAGCACUCGGUGGAGAAGAAGACCAUGACCAACCCCACCACCGUCAUCGAGAUCUACCCCGACACCAGCGAAGUGAAUGACUACUAUCUCUGGUCCAUCUUCAACUUCGUAUACCUCAACUUCUGCUGCCUCGGCUUCAUCGCUUUGGCCUAUUCUCUGAAAGUCCGGGAUAAGAAACUCCUCAAUGACUUAAAUGGUGCAGUGGAAGAUGCCAAGACAGCCCGGCUUUUUAACAUCACCAGCUCAGCCCUUGCCACCUUCUGUAUCAUCCUCAUCUUCAUCUUCCUGCGGUACCCCCUCACUGAUUACUAGCAGGAGGCCAACAGCAGCGCUGCCGCCAAGAUGCCUCUAUGCCAGAAGUGUCUGCAGUUGUUUCCUGUAGCAAGGACACGAGAGUAAAACAACCCCAUCGUGAUGGCAAAAAAAAGUGAAAAAUAAAAAAUAAAAAUAAAAAAAAAGAAUAAUAAGAAUAAU